AAAGAGUUUGAUGGAAUUUGUACCACAUGUCAAAUAAAGUAAAUAAAAAAUCUUUGCGGUUUUUGCAUAACGUUAUUUGCAGGGUUUUUCUGAUCACUUCGAAUAUAUUUUUCCACAAGAUAUGCCCACCUACGAAUUAGCUUUGAUCCUACGACAGAUGCCAAGGCCGGAGCUCGUAUCCGUGUUGAAGCGUACUGCCAACGCUAUCUUUGACAAAGGAGGAAUAAUACGCAAGCUGGACAAUUUAGGAACUCGACCACUACCUUUCAAAACCAGCAAGCACGGAUUGGUUCAUCGAACGGGUUCGUACUUUAUAGUCAAAUUCGAUACACCUCCCACAACCGUGGAUGAUUUGGAGGAAGAAUACGGCCGGGAUGUCGAUAUUAUACGAAAACGAAUCUAUAAAGCUGACGCCACUUUAAAGCAGGAGAUAAGCUGUACACUUCAUGAAGAAAUGCUUCCGCCGGCUUACAGAAAAGAUGUUCAGCAAAUGAUUGCCAUUGCAAACAAGAAUAAAAAGAAAGGAUUUAAAUACAACACCGGGUUGAACUAUUAUCCUUUCCAAAAGUAAAUUAUCGUUUUUCGCACCCUAUCAAUAUGACUAUCGUAGAUAAAAUAACGAAAUAUAGUAUCGAAUUAAGGCUGAAAA